AAUCUCCACCCAUUCACAUCCUUUCAGCUGCGCACCUGGGCCAUGGGCGAAGCUGGGCCACAAAGGGCGCAACUCCCGCAGGCCCCGCGCCCCCGAGGAAGGCGCGGGUUCGCUGGCGAGCCGAAGGCGCCGGAAGCGCCAGCGAUGGGCGUUCUUCGGCUUGCAGGAGCCUACGAGCUGCAGCUCCUCUCCAAGCAGAUGUGCCAAGUAUCCGCAGACGAGCUGCGCACAGAGCUGCAGCUACUCCAAGCAAGGCAUCCGUCCACCUGCAUCUCUGUGGGGUCUCUGGGGCACCCAGAGACCUGCCGCUGGCCCUGCCGUUUCAUGAAGAGGGCGGCCGGCUGUGUGCAUGGGAUCUCCUGUGGGCGCUGCCACCUGUGCACCUGGUCCAAGUCGUCACUGAAGAUGGAGGCCAGGUGGAAACACCAACAGCGAAGCCAGGAUCCUUUGAGACCGGAGGAUGGCACCGUCCGUGAGGCCGACUUCGCUUCGUUGGGAUCCAUAGGGCACCCGGAGCACUGCGCUUGGGCGUGUCGCUUCAUGAAGCGUCCCCAGGGCUGCCACCACAAGGCUGCGUGCCCCCGAUGCCAUCUUUGCACCUGGUCAAAGGCCACCUUGAAGAUGGAAGCUGCAGCAAAGCUCCUGCAGCCGAUGCCCCUUCUACCCAUCGCUUGCAUCCCUGCCACCGCGCUUGCCUAUGCUGUGCCAGGUGAAGCGGCCGAGGGCAGAGCACCGCUGGAAAACACCGAGACGCCUGACACGGAUGAGGAGCUGGUGACCGGUGGUGACGAUCUUUGAGUGCCAAAAAGUGAGCGCCAAUUCUCGCUGAACUGGGGGGGAGAACUGGAUGGAACGGAGCUCCUUUAUGAGGUGUUGGGGAGAACCCGAACGGAGCUC